AUGGAUGAUAAUUUAAAGAAAUUGAUUGAAUCUACCUAACCAGAAUCUCUAUCUACAAUCAGACUAUGUAAGAGAUUAGGAUAUCGGCCAGAAGAUUUAAUAUAUAAGUAUUUACAAACAAUAUUCUUUUAGAUCAAUAGAUGAAUUUUAAUCUGUCAAUCAUGAGAUGAGUCAAAUGAAAUAUGAUCAUUACAAAGCUAAAGUGCUUAGUAAAAUCUUAAAUGUUAAUCAACCUAGAAAUAAUAAAUGAAAUAAACAAUGUGAGAUGUAGAAAUAAAACAACUGGUGUAUCAGAGCUGCCUAUUUAAGCCAAUGUUUAAUUAUCGUCUAUUGGUGAUAAUGUGCAAGAGUAAUCCUAAAGCAUAUCUGUUAAGGAGAGAAUGCUUUAGAAUCUCAUUUAAUAAGAACUUCUUAGACAAAAAAAGUUUGCUUAAUCUUAUCAAUAAAACAAUAAAAUUUAAUAACACAAAACUAAAUUGGCAACUUAGCCUUCUUAAACAAUAUCAAUAAAAUCUAAGCAAUCUACUUAAUCAGUGAAAACGGAAUAGUCAAAUAGAAGAUGCGAGACUCAUCGUGAGUUUGAGACAAAGUAGAAACUCUUAGCUAAAUCUAAUGAAAAAUUUAUAAUAAAUAGAUAACAAAUUUUACAAAUAGAGGAGUAGUAAAAGGACGAAUAUCAACAAAAACUUAAAGAUGAGGGUAAUUACGUAUUUAUCAUAGAAAAGAAAGCAGUAGGGAAAAUAGAAUAAUUGAAAUAGCAUUAAAAAAAAUAUAAAUUUGGAGAAGUUAAAAAUAAGAAAGAGUAACUUGAUAAUGAAUAAUAUUAAUUGUUGAUUAAUAGAAAAUAUGAAAAAUUGCAAAGGUUAAGUUUAAAGUAGACUCAAUUGGACUAGCCUAUCAAAAAGCAGAUGUUGACGAGAAAUAAGACUCAAUCGUUGAUUUAUGAUUCAGAUAUUUAACUCAGGAUAGAUUAGAAGAUUGAGAGAGUUAUGAAUAAGAAAUCUCAAAUGCUUUCGGAACGAUCAAAAAUAGCAGGUGAGAUUUUGAGGAUCAAUUAGGACGAUGUGAAUUUCAACAAAUAUUACAAUGAGCAAUUGAGAAUUAGAGAAGAGAGUAAACGGAUAGGAUAUAUCGAGAGGAGUCGAAAUACUUAUUAAAUUGGUAUAGGAUCUUAGUUGUUAGAGAAGCAAAAAAAGGAAUCAGUUUGGGAACAGGUGAAUCGAGUUAGUCAUUUAUUUUCAAAUCCAGUAGAGUAUGAUAGAUAUAGAACUGAAAUGAAGUUAUUAUUGAAUAAACAAAGGGAAACAGAGAUGAAAAAUCAGAAUCGCAUAGAUAUAUUAUAUAAAUUGUCACCCUAGUAAAUGGCAGAAAAAGUUUUAUAAUGA